AUGCUGCCCUCCAUGGCCCUUCCCAGUAUGUCUUGGAUGUUGCUUUCCUGCCUGAUGCUCCUGUCACAAAUCCAAGCUAAAGAUGCUCAAAUGGAACAACUGUCUGCAAGCAUCAGUUGUCCUGGAGGCUCCAAAGCCUAUGGUUCCUACUGCUAUGCCUUUUUUCUGACACCAAAAGCCUGGAUGGAAGCAAAUAUGGCCUAUCAGAAGUGGUCUUCAGGACAUCUUGUGUCUUUGGCCAGUGGAGCUGAGGGAUCCUUUGUGGCCUCCUUGAUGAAGAGCAUUUCAAACUCUUAUAUAAAUAUCUGUAUUGGACUCCAUUACCCCACAUUGGGGUUGGAACUCAAUGGUGGUGGAUGGGAGUGGAGAAACACAGGUGUGCUAUAUUAUUUUGCAUGGAAGAAAGAUCCUUCCACCAUCAUAAACCAUGGCCACUGUGAGAGCCUGUCAAGGAUCACAGGAAAUAAAAAGCAAUUUUUUUAUAAUUGUGAACAAAGGUUACUAUAUGUUUGCGAGUUCAAGAAUUAG